UGCCAUCUGAGAUUAAGGUGUGCAGAGUUCCUGAUUUGCCUUUGACUCAGUGCCAGUGCUGCUGUGUGCACUCGGCUGCUCAACACCAAGUGUAUGUAUUAGGUGGUGCGAGGGAGAUGCGGCGCGGAGGAGCGGGCUCGGCCGAGGGUCUGCUGGCGGGCUGAGGGGCGCCUUUGGACGCCCGGAGCGGUGCGGAUGAAAGCGGCGGCGGCCGCCGGGAACGUCGUACAGCGAGUUGGCAGCAACAUGAAUACUUCGGCUCUCGCCCCCCUGGGAAAUUUUUCCGGUCACCCGAAUUUUUCGGAGAAGAACUCGCCGAUCUUGCAGUUUGAGGAUGAGGAUUGCCACGUGCCUUUGGCCAUGGUCUUCACUUUGGCCUUGGCUUACGGGACUGUGAUAAUCCUGGGAGUUUCUGGGAAUCUGGCCUUGAUUGUCAUUAUUUUAAAACAAAAGGAGAUGCGCAAUGUUACCAACAUCCUCAUUGUCAACCUGUCCUUUUCUGAUCUUCUGGUGACCAUCAUGUGUCUUCCCUUUACCUUUGUGUAUACUUUAAUGGAUCACUGGAUUUUUGGGGAGGCCAUGUGCAAGUUGAAUCCCUUUGUGCAGUGUGCCUCAAUCACCGUCUCGGUCUUUUCUUUAGUCCUCAUUGCUAUCGAACGCCAUCAGCUGAUCAUCAAUCCCCGUGGCUGGAGGCCGAAUAACAGGCAUGCCUACCUGGGGAUUGCUGCCAUAUGGAUUUUAGCCACAGCUUCCUCUUUGCCUUUCCUGAUCUACCACGUGCUAACGGAUGAACCUUUCAGAAACAUAACGUUUGAUGAAUAUAAGGACAAAUACGUGUGUUUGGACCUGUUCCCCUUGGACACCGCCAGGCUUUCUUACACCACAACGCUUUUGGUGAUUCAGUACUUUGGACCGCUUUGUUUUAUCUUUAUUUGCUACUUAAAGAUAUACAUACGAUUAAAAAAAAGGAACAACAUGAUGGACAAGAUGAGAGACAAUAAGUACAGAUCCUCUGAAACCAAAAGGAUCAACAUCAUGCUGAUCUCAAUAGUGGUCGCAUUUGCAGUUUGCUGGCUGCCUCUCACCAUCUUCAAUAUCGUGUUUGAUUGGAAUCACGAAAUUCUGCCUGUUGCUACCUGCAGCCACAACCUUUUGUUCCUGAUUUGCCACCUCACCGCCAUGAUCUCUACCUGUGUGAACCCCAUCUUCUACGGGUUUCUCAAUAAGAACUUCCAAAGGGACUUGCAGUUUUUAUUUCAUUUUUGUCAUUUCCGCUCCCGUGAGGAAGAUUAUGAGACUAUAGCCAUGUCCACCAUGCACACAGAUGUUUCAAAAACCUCUUUAAAGCAGGCAAGCCCAGUCGCAUUUAAAAAAAUAAGUAGUGAUGAUGAUGACAAAAUAUAAAGAAGUAAUAAAAAUUCUACACCAAACUGCUGGAAGUGUGAUCGCAGGUGAAACAUGUCCAAGGACAAGCACAAUUACAUAACAAGUACAAAAUGGGUAAUGUUUUUCUUCUUUUUCCAAGGAACUUUGAUUGUCGUCACUUUGAAAUUAUACACUCUGCAUUUUUGCCCCUUUUACUGCUUUAAUGUUCGCAGCAGUUAUAUCUGAAUCUUAUUAUAAGGCAUAGUUGGACCUGCUACUACCUAUGGUUUUCAUCAGCUGUCUUUUGUUCCGUUUUCUUUGUACAGUUAUCCGCUUUAGCACAAAGAUAUAUUUAUUGAUUUUUUCCAAAGAAGUAGUUUUCAGGAGUGUCCGUCCAAGACCAUUGGAAACAAUAUGCACCACAGGGAGGCUGUCACUACAGAGGACACCCAUCCCAGCAAAAAAUUAGGACAUCGAAGAGUUCUUCUUUUUUUAAUCCAGCUUUUGAUCGAUGUUAAAGUCCUGUAAAAUCAGUGUAGGCAUGCAGAAAAUGUUUCUGUGAAACCUGUAGAAUAUGUUAAAUGGGGACACGCGUUUGUCCCGUUCACAGAGGCAAUUCAGGCUGUAAUCACUUAGGUUCAAAGACAGGAUUAAGACAGAAAUUCUGUUCUCAUUUACGAGAAUAAAACCCUACAGUAAUUCCACAGAGCACAAUGGGAUAACUCUGAUGUUUCACCACAGCAAAUGAAAGCACAAAUGGGCCUUCAGUCCCAACUGAUUAUAGCUGAUUUUAAUAAUACAGGCUUUUUUAAUUUAAAGAACCCAAACCCCAUUUUCAUCUGCCAUCACUGACAGGAGUUAGUGUUGCUGGGAUGAAAGGUACUGUCCGUUCCAAGCCUAUGAGCCACGUAAAUUCUCCUUGAGACCUGUGUCCAGAAUCUAAAGGGAGAUGGGACUCUUCACUGUCUGUACAAGGUGCAAUUCCAUCCUCGCAGAUGACAGUGAAAAUCAGGUCUGAUAUUAAAAAAAUAAGCUUUAGCUACCUGAGUCUUUUCAUAAUAGUUAGUGCUGAUCUAUGUAAAUUAUAUAUCGCCUCAUAAUAUUCUGUGUUCAGAUGCAAUGCUCUAAACCUGCAUUAUCUCCAAGACAAUGGAUGGUUUCAUCAAGAUCUACAAAAUUUAUGAGGAGGAUAUGGAUAUAGUUUGGGUGUAAUUGGUAUGUUUAGCUUCCAAACUCACAGUUUCCACAGUUGGUCGAAGUGCGGAAAUAUUUGCUAAAUAUACACAAUAGAGCUCUGUGUGUUAUUGCUUAAAAUAUAUAUCCUCUAAUUACGCAAAAUAUACGUGACUAGAUCCCCAGCUGAGGGAAACCCGCAUAACUUGACUGCUGUAAAUGAAACUACAACAAUAUCAGCCAGCUGAGGUUUUGUGUCAUACAGUGUACUUUGCUGUAUAAUCAAUGCCUUUUUGAAUAAUCAGCUUUUUCAAAUACCUUACUUUCUUUUAGCAAGGUCACUUUAAACCAUUCUGGCAGAGAAGAGGGCCUUUAAAAUGGAUAUAAAUGUAAAUGUAGCAUAAAUGGAAAUCUGACCUGAUAUCUUUCUGAGGAAAAAGAUCUCAGGAUGUGUUGGUAAAUUUAAUAUGUUCUAAAUUAGACAUGGAUAAAUGCCUAAGAAAUGAAAAUUAUUUGGUUUGCCAGCAUUUAAAAGUCAAAAACCGUGCCUUGUGCUGUCUUAUAAAUAGUGUAGAAUAUUAAAGUAGCAAUGUGUUCUUGAGCAUUGUAAUUCCAUGUAUUUCUCUACUGGCAGAUAAUUUAAUUAAAAAGGAGGUUUCUGUGGUUGAGAACAGAGAGGGAAUGUAGAAAAUGAAUUCUAAGACAGAACUUUCUUUCAGAGCUUUGCCCUUUUGUAUUUUAUGAGAUUUCCUUUCUCUUUGUGGUUCUCUGUGGAGUGUGUUGCUAGUAAUUUGACAAGAGGCUCCUGAAAUUAUUCCCCUGUCACUUUACGAUAAUUUUCAUAUGCUAAGGGUGUGUAAUUUCACAAAGAGGUACAAUGUAGAAACCCAGUCAUGUUUUUUUAUUAAGAAUGUCAUGGUGGGUUUUUCCCAUUAGACAAAAAAAUAACCGUGGAUUUUAUGUUUUUUCCCAUUUUUGAAAAAAAGCACUUCCAAUCCAGUGGAAGGAGAAAACGGAAUUAUUUGAGAAAGUUACCCAUUAGUUUGCUGGAAAUUUUUGAUCAGGCCGAAUGAGGUGUUUAUACAGAGUAGGUGUUGGAGCAAUUUUAGAGGAACCUGCCGGUGUGUCCUAACAUUUGGAGGUCUUCAGUGGGACAGCAGCAUAAUUCCUCCUGUGUCAAACUUUCUCCUGCUUGAAGUACGGUCUCAAAUCAUAGAGCUCAUGUGAUACCAUCUCAUACUGUCUCCUGAGAACGCGUGUCAGGGUUUUUUUGCCUACCACCGCCUGAUGAACGAGGUGAGGCGUACGUAGGAGCAUUCCUUUGGCUCGUCCCUUUUAAGCUCAGGAGCCAUUUUUCGGCUGCACCGCUGUCCUAGGAUCAGGCUUCUCUUCACACGUUUCCUCGCUUGCCUGCAAGAAGCCUUGCUGAGCCUCGGCUAAGGACGCAGGCUAGCACGUCGUCACACGAAUAGCGCAGGGGAUGCUGCCUGAAACGACAGCAGGAAUGAACGCAGUGUAAAGAGUGUCCAGCGGGAAAAUGCACGUAGAGAAUUUCAGAAGCAAAGUCAUUGCUCUUCUAAAGAAUUUGUUAUGAGGAGAAGGAUAAAAGUAGUCUCUCCGAGGUGCUGACCUGACAUCUGCAGGGCGUAGAUGACGUCUACCGGGAGCAGUAUUUUUGUCUUUGGUUUCAUGACUUGACACCAGAGUCCUCACAAGCCGCUGGAGACUUUCCCCUCCUGACGCCUGGCUACAAAACUAAUCCUCUUUUUCCCUUUCAGAUCUCCAGCACGGCUUCUCAUCCUCUAUGUGCUAAAUUUCUUUAUAGGGUAAGCUCUCGGGUUUCAUGUUUCUCUAUGAUUUCUCAGUCAUUCUGGUUUGGUAUUUGUUCCUCCUAUGUGCUGUUUUGUCAAACUUCCCACACUUCAGCAUGUGCCGAUUCCUGUCUCAAAAGCCUGAAGAUCCCUCUCAUUCUUUCAGACUGGCAGAAAAGUUUUACUGACAGAAAAACAGAACAGUGAGGGAUCUAUAACGUAUCUUGCUAUUUAUGUGCAAUACAUUUCAUGUCAAAUCUACAGCCUUAAAUGACAAACGUAACUAUUUAAUAAACAUUAAUAUCUGCUUCAUUUGUCAGUUAUUUUAUCAUCUUAAACUUCAGUGUUAUCCACCGCAGACAUUUAAAGUUUCUGCGUAAUCUAAACUCACCAGCAUAUUUGUAGGUCAUCUUAAUAAACACUUCUUUAUUCCCAUAUUGCUUUUUUCAACAUAUCUCUUAGUUGUGUCAUUGUCACUACGUACGGUAAUCCACAACUUUCACAUCUUCAUAGAAAAAAAAGGAUAAUAAUAAAGGAGGCAAUUAAUUGACAAUAAUAUCUGCUUUUGGUAGGCUAGGAAAAAGCUGGGUAUUAAAAAAAAAUCAACCCUGGUUUUUUUAUCUCAUAAAAAAAAUCAGAUUUAAACCAGGAUAAGGAAUUAACAUGACGGGACCCCUCGGGUCACUUGAGCUGGUGCUGACUGCAUCUCGUCACUGAUGAAGGUGUGAAGGGCUAAGGGUUCGUAUAUUCUGACUCUGCAGUCUUGCAGUACAGUACCAGCUAUUAUUAAUGGAUCCUGAAAGCAAAAGUUGCUACUGAUUUAUAUUCAGACUGUAAAUCAGCAUAUGUUUAAAUCCAGGCCUGUUCAUCAAAUUCUGAUUCUGACCUCAGGAAAAUGUUCUGAGAUCAAUGAAACGGGAGAUUUUGCUUAAAGUUAAUCAUUUGCCUAGGCACUCUACUGAAUAAAAGUGCAUUGCUGGCUGGGAGCUCACACUCUUUCCUAAAAAUCAGAUUUUAGAUUUCAGCUUAUUAUACAAAUAAAUUAUUGGUGUAUAGUUUUUCUCUGGAUUUUUCUCUGGCCUCUAGUGCCCCAAAAUGCUUCAGUUUAAGGCUUUGGCUCAGACCUCGUCUGAAAGAAUUUACCAAACCAAUGCAUAGGGAAUAAAGACAAUAAGGAAACUUUUUUCUGUUCUUAUUUUUAAAGCAUAUAUAACAGUAGGAAACAUGAGCUUAAAUAAUACCUCUGUCUGCAACCGAUUUAAUUAAUUCAGUUGAGUGGAAAGGGUAGAGAAAUAAUAAUUAUAACCAAAUGAUAAGUUUUGUUGACAGCUGCUUCUCAGCUGAAGCAUAUUUGCAACUCCAAGGAUAUUUACAGCUCCAAGCUCUACCAUAUCCUCUUCAUUCCUGUGUUAUUUAAUAUGUGGUAUCUGCCUCCCUGAGUCAUUACUAAAUACCCAAGUCAUUACUAAAGUUGAUGUGAAAGAAAAUUCUUUUCUUCUGUCCAUGUCUUGUAGAAUUUAAAAUGGUUGAGGAUUACACGUAAGAGGAAAAAAUACGACCAGCUUUAGUCUCUUACACUUUAAUUAACCUGUGGCCAGAAAUAGCUUCUAUUGCAGAACAAUGUUAAUGGUCCAACUGAAGCUGCUAUUUCAAAGAUUAAGGAGAGCAUUCACAAAGACUAACUUCAGCUGGAGGAUGGAAGUUUCCCCAGCCUCCUCCAGGAGCAACCCAAGGGCGCUCGCACGUCCUCUGCUCUGCGUCACACAUCUACCAAAAUGUCUUUCUCUCCAUUAUCUACAUGGACUGCGAAGGGACGGCCAGCUUCCAGGGCCAGCACUAGCCCUAGUCACUACUGCCUCCCUUCCUCCAUCUUCCAUGGUGCUUCUGCUGUCACUUCAUGCUUCAUACCCUUGGCAGCUGGUUUCUGAGGAACUCGUAAGAAUUCAUACUCUGAUUUUGUAAAGUGCCCGAGUAUAUGGCAAAAUUUAACUCUGUUCAGGACAGUGCUUUAAAUAGUUUCUUCCAUUGAAAUUUUCUUCUGGCAAGUUUCUGGUAGGCAAGUUUCUCAAAAUUUGCACUCCAUAGACGUACAUCAUUUACAAAGUCUAUGUAGGAAUUACAUCCUACAUCCAGCUCUUUGCAGCAAAACUGACAGCACAUGCUGUCUUGUGUUUUCCAAAGAUUUGGGUCUAUCUGACAGAUCAGGCUUAGUUGCAAGAAAUUUGCGCCGGAUGCAAAUGUGUUGAGAUUGCUGCACAGGAGAGGCUCUGCACAGUUAACUAACUUGCCACAAAAUAUGCAAAAUUUCAGAUAUACAGGGAAAUAGAUACACGGAGUUUGGAAAAGAGAGAAAAAGCAGAAGAUCUAGAUGAAGUCUUGCAUUCUGUCAGAUAUUCACAAAACGACUCAAAGGGAGACUCAGACAUUUAUUUAUUUUGGGGGCCAACAGACUGACACACAAAUGGUUUUUUGGGCAAAAUGGUGGUCAAAAAUGAUGUAUGAUUAAUAGGUUCUCUGCUCCUGUUUUCAGAAAAGGGAUAUGGUUCUUUAUACAUUACUGUGAAAAUGCAUUUUAAGAUUCUUCACCUUAGAUCAAUCUAGAUCUCUUUUUGAGACAAAGGAAACAAAAUGUUUUUGGCACAAUCGAAAAAUAACAGCUUCUCAUCGCACCCACCUGCUGCACAUGAGUCUAUUUGCUUUCACUUCUGCGCACCAUGGAGAACGUUUGUUUGUGGCAGGAGGAGUAACCUGAUCAACAAAGCCCUCCUUGUCUUUCUUGGUUUGUGUUCACACUGAUACUGUGCUGCUGUUUUUCACUUUGCAAUCUUUUUUUUUUUUUCCCCACAAGCUAUGACAUUUUUAUUAUGCUAUUUAUAUUGUUUCUUAAUAAAAGCUCUAUGUGAAAAGAUGUUCUUGAAAGGUCCUAUUCAAUGUGUGUUUGAACAUAUGGGUGAAAGGCCAUACAGGAUUUGUAGAAAUGUGACUGGCAAUGUGAUGAUGCUUCAGGGGGUAGGGAAGUAGAAAAUAUAUUUGUUGCAUACGGUUAUUCAGCCCUUUUCAUUUAAAGCUUUUGCUGUAAUUUUAAUUCAUGUAAUGUAAAUGUCAGCUAGGUCUAUGUAUCUAGUGAUUCCUCUUGGUGACCAGCCUCUGGAGACAUCCAGCUAGUAGGAGAUACUGGGUAGUACAACUUGUUUCCUUACCUAUGGCCCUCAUCAUU